AUGGAAAGACAGCAGAUAUUCGGCCUGCACGUGAAGUUGAAUGAGUCACUAGACUUGCAGCCUGCGUCCCUGGUGGCCGAAAAGCGGCCAAAAGACAAAUCAGCAAGUGGAAACACACACAACAAGCAGCCCAUCCGUCUCAGUUGGCACUUGUUCCUACAAAGUGAAUGUGACACCCAGCACAAGAGUAUUGAUCAGAAGUGGACAGAGUGUUUGUGUGUGGGUGCCAUUCCACGUCAAUCAGUGGCCCCGAAAAGGGACGUCGGAUGA